AUCUAAGUCAGCAUAAACGUCGCCUGUUUGACUGAUAAAUCGCUUAGCUUAUCUGCUGUUUAAGUUUCGCACGCUGAUAAAUCGAAGUGAGAGCGAGCGAGUUCGACUCAUUCAAAAUGUUGCCCAAACUAAGCUGCCUGCUGCUGGCUUUAACGCUCGUUGCAGCCAAUCAGCUGAAGGAUCUGCUGGAGGAUGCAACCACAGCAGCCAGCACUAGCUCUUCGAGCAGCACCUCAACCACCAGCCCAACCACUGUGAGCGCGUAUGUCAUCUCGGCGGCAGCUGUGCCCGCCUUUAAUGCAGCCACGCCCAAGUCCAAGUCGAAGCUAGCCACGGGCAAAUACUUCAAUAAGAGUUCGCCCAGAAAACGCAAGGCCGAGGAGGUCUCCUCCUUGCCGCUGCCCGUGGACACGGAUGGCCUGCUCGAAUGGAAAUGCCCCAACAUUUCGGGCUCACGCAAUGCGGAACUCGAAUGCGGCUGCGAUCUGCCACACACGUUGCGCUGCAACAUCGAUCUGCAUGGACUAUUGCUCCUGGCAGACAGAUUGCGCAGUUCGCCCUACUCCAUUUCGUUGCUGGACUGUUCGUUGCGCAAUGUGACGUUCCUGAGCGAUGCCAAGAUCUUUGAUGGGAUCUCGCUGCACGGCUUGGUCAUCUCCUCUGGCGAGAUCAAGCGAGUGCAUAAGUCCGCCUUUCUGGGCAUCACGGGUCCACUGCAGGCAUUAGGACUGCCUGGCAAUGCGCUGUUGAGCGUGCCAUGGAAUGCUUUGUCCACGCUGAAUACUCUGGAGCGCCUGGACUUGGCCAACAAUAAGAUAAAGGCGCUAGGCACUGCAGACUUUGUGGGUCUGGGCAAGCUCAUCUACCUGGAGCUCAGCAGCAACCAAAUCUCAAGCAUUUCACAGCGCACCUUUAGCAGUCUACGCAAAUUGGAGGUGUUGAAGUUGGGCGGCAAUCGCCUGGGCGACUAUGCGCAGAGCUUGAAAGCCCUGAGCCAGUGCCUGAGCCUGCGGCAGCUGGAUCUCACGGCGAACAAUCUGAACGGACCGCUCAGCGAGCAGACGCUGCCUGGCAUGCGAAAUCUGGAGAGCUUGAAUUUGAAUAGGAACAUGAUCAAGAGCAUACAAAACAAGGCCUUGGCGAACUUUUCUCGCCUGGUCAGCCUCUCGCUGCGGCACAAUCAGAUCGAUGUGCUGCAGGAUCAUGCCUUCUUCGGGCUGGGCUCAUUGGAUAGCCUCGACUUGAGCUACAACGGCAUUGUGGCCAUUUCCAGCGCCUCGCUGCAGCAUCUCACCCGCCUCACCGUGCUCGAUCUGACGCAUAACUUUCUGCGAGCUCUCACCUCGGACUUGAUAGCGCCGCUGCCAUCGCUGCGGGAGCUGCGUUUGGCUGGCAAUGACAUCUCGAUUGUGGCGCGAAAUGCCAUGGACCGAGCACAGGAGCUGCAGAGCCUGCAGAUGCAGGAGAAUCCUUUGUCCUGCGAUUGCAGCAUUCGUCCUUUCGCGGAGUGGCUGCAGGUCUCCAAGCUAAGCUCCAGCCUGAGCGCCUCUUGUGUCACACCUCCUCGGCUAGAGGGCGCUCCUCUGCUCCAGGUGCCCGUUGAGACGCUCACCUGCGACAUGGACAAUGUGGAAAAGGAUAAUGCGAAUAUUAUGGAGCAUCUGGAAACGCUGGCCAAGCCCAACCAAACGUCAGCUCACGUUAAGGACUUGUCAGAGGAGAUCAUUCUACAUGAAUUACACUACUCGGCGGACUAUGGUCUGAUUUUGACGUGGCUGCUGAAUCUGAGCAAGAAGGAUUACAUGUGCGAUGCCAUAUUCGUUUACAAGGAACAGAACGUCAAUGAGAUUCUCAUUGAUAACUCACCUAUCCACUGCGAGAGCAAGGUCGUCAAUGGACAGAACACUGUGAGCGUCAUAGUGCCCGACAGCUCCUCCCUGGACAUUGGCGAAAGCUAUCGCUUCUGCCUGGUCAUGGUGCAGGAGCAGAAUCCCAAAGCUGAGCUAAACAUUGGCUGCUCCAACAUAACGCAGCUGCAGCUGAGUAGUCCUGGGUCCAAGCCCGUUCUGCGUCAAUAUCAGCGCCGUCCUUACUAUACGCCACACGAGCUUGAAGUGGAUCCGGAUCAAUCAGAUGGCGAGGAUUAUCAGCAGCUGAAUCAGCGACAGUUUAGCAGUGGCAGCCAACAGCAGCAGCCGUUGCAUCCGCAUCAGCAGCAGCCGCCGCCGCCAACGUUGCUGCACAGCUACGAUGUCAUUGAUUCGUUGCACAAGAGUUUCCUGCCAGGCCUGGGGCUGGGCAUUCUGGUCACCUCGGUGGUUGUCCUGAUUUGGGGUGCCACGCGCAUACGCCAGAGUGUCAGUAGUGGAGCAGGCGAUGGCAGCCUGAGCAGCAACAGCAGCAGCAUGCAUCAUCACAACAACAACAACAAUAACAGCAGCAAUAGCAGACCGGGCACGCCCACCGCCACGACUUGCUACGCCGCCUCGGACCACAUAGCGAGGAUGGCAGAUGCAGAGAAUGGGACGCGCUACCUCAAGCUGCAGGCAACGACAAGUCUGUAAAAGGAAAAGGCGCCAACCACUCAGAGCCAAUUGAACCAAUCGAACUUGUGAUAGUACAAGCACUUUGUACCCAA